AAGAGUUUUUACUCCACUACUUAUCUUCUUUCUCAGGAAAAGAUAAAACAAAACUAAUAAAAAAAAAAAAAGAAUUGAAGAGAUAGAGAGAAGCUUUUAGAGAGAGAAACAAUGGCGGGGAGUGGAGUUUUUAGUGAGAUAAUCGAUGGUGAAGUGUUCAAAUACUACGCCGAUGGAGAGUGGCUUACUUCUUCUUCUGGGAAAUCUGUUUCCAUUGUUAAUCCCACUACAAGAAAGACACACUACAAAGUUCAAGCUUGUACACAAGAAGAGGUGAAUAAGGCAAUGGAAAUAGCGAAAGCAGCACAAAAGUCGUGGGCGCGGACCCCGCUUUGGAAGAGGGCCGAGCUUCUUCACAAAGCUGCAGCUAUCCUUAAAGAGCACAAAGCCCCUAUUGCAGAGGCUUUAAUUAAGGAAAUCGCAAAGCCAGCCAAAGAUGCCGUCACCGAGGUUGUUAGAUCCGGCGAUUUGAUCUCUUAUUGUGCCGAAGAGGGCGUUAGAAUUUUGGGACAGGGCGCAUUUUUGGUGUCUGAUAGUUUUCCGGGAAACGAUAGAACAAAGUACUGUCUCACAUCCAAGAUUCCACUCGGUGUUAUUUUGGCUAUACCACCUUUUAACUAUCCCGUAAACCUUGCUGUAUCCAAAAUCGGACCGGCUCUUAUUGCAGGGAACUCCCUUGUUCUCAAGCCUCCAACUCAGGGUGCGGUGGCUUGUCUUCACAUGGUGCACUGCUUUCACUUAGCUGGUUUUCCGAAGGGACUUAUCAGCUGCAUCACAGGGAAAGGCUCCGAGAUUGGCGAUUUUCUGACAAUGCACCCCGGUGUGAAUUGCAUAAGUUUCACGGGCGGUGAUACUGGAAUUGCGAUUUCGAAGAAAGCAGGGAUGAUUCCUCUACAGAUGGAAUUGGGAGGAAAAGAUGCUUGUAUUGUGCUGGAGGAUGCUGAUUUAGAUUUGGUGGCUGCAAAUAUUGUGAAAGGGGGAUUCUCUUACAGUGGGCAGAGGUGCACAGCUGUCAAGGUGGUAUUGGUCAUGGAAUCCGUGGCCGACGCUGUGGUCGAGAAAGUCAACUCGAAAGUGGCAAAAUUGACCGUGGGCCCACCGGAGGACGACUGUGAUAUCACCCCCGUUGUCUCGGAAUCGUCGGCCAAUUUCAUAGAAGGGCUUGUGAUGGAUGCUAAGCAAAAGGGUGCAACAUUUUGCCAAGAAUACAAGAGAGAGGGGAAUCUCAUAUGGCCCUUGUUGUUGGACCAUGUUCGGCCCGACAUGAGAAUCGCGUGGGAGGAGCCUUUCGGGCCCGUUGUGCCCGUUAUUAGGAUCGCCUCCGCCGAAGAAGGUAUUCAUCAUUGCAAUGCUAGCAACUUCGGGCUCCAGGGGUGUGUGUUUACUAAAGAUAUCAAUAAAGCAAUGUUGAUUAGUGAUGCUAUGGAGAGCGGAACGGUUCAGAUUAACUCGGCACCUGCUCGCGGUCCAGAUCAUUUCCCUUUCCAGGGAAUUAAGGACAGUGGAAUAGGAUCACAAGGAAUAACUAACAGCAUAAACAUGAUGACAAAGGUGAAGAGCACUGUGAUCAACUUGCCAAGCCCCUCUUAUACUAUGGGCUAAAACUUACGAUCGACCUUUCGAUUUAUUUUCUCUACGGCUUUAGCCUACGAGAUUUUCUUUCUUUCCUUUUUCUUUUGAAAGCAAGAAAUAAAUUGUACUUUAUGGCACAUUUGCGAGGAUUGUCGUGUUCGGAGAUUUUAUUUAACUUGUAUUUAUCGAACUUAAUCGUCGUUUACGAAACCUUAAAAAUUUGCAAGAACUUUCAUAUU